CACGACACGCAACUCGGGGCCACACAAUAGACACGAGAACAAAAGCGACGAGCUGCGCUGCGCUCUAUAUUCAUGUUAAUGCGCGGGGACUAGUUCCCGCGGAGGGUUACACGUCAGCGUGGAUUCCAGUGAGAGUGAGCCGUUCGUAUGUUUGUGUAUGUGUUGUUGCGUGUGUUUGUGUGCGUUUUGAAGCCUCGCGGGAGGAAGAGGAGAAGAACGUGCAGAGAGAGAGGCAGACUCGCACUGCAGACGGACCGACACAGAGAGGGGAGUGAAUGGGCACGACUCAUCCAGCGGACCUGCGCCCUUCACCUCAUCCCGAUCGAUCGAUCGGUUCGGUAACCGACACGCUCCGACCCCGCGCGGUCUGCGAGGCUGGCCCGAGCCGGGAGCCCGGUGGAGCGACGGGACGCAAAUGAAGCAGCCCGGAGCGCAGAGCAGCAGCCCGGCGGAGGAACAAACAAGGAAGCGCUGAGCUGAAGCUAACGGCUAACUGGCGGCUGAUAUUGAUUCUGAUGAUCGAACGAGGAGCAUGCGAGCCGACAGGAAGAGCUGACUUGUUUGGGGAUGUCGGGCAGUAAGGCGCUGGGCGGGGGCGCUGGCGGCGGGGCGAGGCGCAGGCGGACCCGGUGCCGGCGCUGCCAGGCCUGCAUGAGGACGGAGUGUGGAGAGUGCCACUUCUGCAAGGACAUGAAGAAGUUCGGAGGGCCCGGCCGGAUGAAGCAGUCCUGCCUGCUGAGACAGUGCACGGCGCCUGUGCUGCCUCACACAGCCGUGUGUUUUGCAUGUGGAGAGGCGGGGAAGGAGGACACGGUGGACUCUGAGGAGGAGAAGUUCAGCCUGUGUCUGAUGGAGUGUACCAUCUGUAACGAGAUCAUCCACCCCAGCUGUCUGAAGAUGGGCAAAGCUGAAGGAAUCAUCAACGAUGAAAUCCCAAACUGCUGGGAGUGUCCAAAGUGCCACAAGGAGGGAAAAACCAGUAAGGACCAGACGGACGGCUCAGGGAAACGGAAGCUGGAUAACGGAGAGGAGGGGCGCUGGAAGCUCAUUGAAGACCCGCCCCCAAAAAAGAAAGCCCCUCCCUCCCUGGAGGAGGCAGGGAGAGGAGAGGGGGUCCACAAGAAGAAGAAGGAGAAGGAGCAGCCUCCGGACAUCGGGGCCAAGAAGAAGGUGAAAAGUCCGCAUGAGAAACGCCUCAAAAAGAAACCCAAGCAGGAGUCGGAGACCAACGGCCCCAUGUCAUCUUCUGGGGGAGCAGCUGCGGGACAGCAGGGCUCAGCCUCUUCCUCCUCCUCUUCAUCUCAGUCAGUGGGCGGGGUCAGUGGAGGAGGCGGAGCAGGAGGCUCGGCGUCGAGCGUGGACCAGCGCUCCCACCACAGAGAGAAACUGGAGCGGUUCAAGAGGAUGUGUCUGCGCCGGCCCGAGCUGUCGUCCUCCUCUUCCUCCAGCUCAGAGUCCGACUCCGAGUCCGACUCUGAUGACUCCCUCAGGGGGGAGCAGGGGGGAGGGUCCUCACCUUCAUCUUCCUCCCCCGCUCCUCCUCCUCCCGCCGUCUACGGGAACAGCAGCGGCAGCCGGGCGGACAGGGAGCGGAGCCGCAGCGAGCGGGAGAGGGCGCGGCGGCUGGCUGAGCUGGGCUUCAGCGCCAGCGAGGAGUCGGAGGGGGAGGGAAGGGAGGAGGAGCAGGUCGGGGGAGGAGGGGACAAAGGUCGACGGCGAGGAGGAGGAGACGCACUCUCACGUGGACGGAAAGUAGGUUUGAUGGACACGGAGGAGGAGGACACGCCCACUUCAGACAGGACCAGGAAGAACUCCACCUCCCUCCCUCCUCCCUCACCCCUGUCCUCCAAUCAGAUGCCUCCAUCCUCGCAACACGACGGCUUCACAGGGAAGCAGCGCAGCAACGGGCAGGAGGCGCGCAAUGGGCGGACUCGGGGAGGGGCGGGGGGAGGGGAGAAGGAGAACGCCAGCGGAGCUCUGACCAAUCACAGGCACAGUGGAGGGGGCGGGGCCAAAGGUGGCGGGAGCCGCAUGAACAAGAUCCGUAACAACAACAAGAACCAGACGUCAAGGAACAGUGUGUCCUCCUCCCCCUCCCUCCCCACCUCCAACGGGGGAGGGGGUGUGGGCAGCGGCCUCAUGAUGUCAGCCAUGGCGGCGUCCCCCUGCUCUCAGCCCUCCCGCCUCGCCCCGCGCUCUCACAUGAUGAAGCGCAGCCCGCCCGCCGUGCCCUCGCCCCCCAGGCCCAUUCAGAUGGAGAGACACCUGGUGCGGCCCCCUCCCACCUGCCCCGAGCCCAGCUGCCUGCCCCUGGACUGUGGCUCCGCCCACAUCAUGACUCGUGACGUGUGGCUGCGAGUCUUCACCUACCUGAGCCAACGGGAGCUGUGCGUCUGCAUGAGGGUGUGUCGCACCUGGAGCCGCUGGUGUUGUGAUAAACGUCUGUGGACUCAGAUCGACCUGAGCCGGCAGCGCUCCAUCACCCCCCCCAUGCUGAGCGGCAUCAUCCGCCGGCAGCCCGUCUCCCUGAACCUGGGCUGCACCAACAUCUCCAAGAAACAGCUGAUGUGGCUCAUCAACCGGCUCCCAGGUCUCCAGGAGCUGAACGUGUCUGGCUGUGCGUGGCCGGCGGUCUCGGCUCUGUGUCAGGCGGUCUGUCCCUGCCUGAAGGUGUUGGACCUGAGCAGGGUGGAGGACCUGAAGGACUCUCACCUGAGGGAGCUGCUGGCCCCCCCACCUGACACCCGGACAGCUCACGGUGAGAGCAGAGUGGGGCGGUUCCAGAAUGUGACGGAGCUGCGAUUGGCCGGUUUGGACCUGACAGACGCGUCGUCCCGCCUCCUGGUGCGUUACGUGCCUCACCUGAGCCGCCUGGACCUGAGCCACUGUGUGAACAUCAGUGACCAGACGGUGCACACGCUCACCUCCCCCGCCUCCCCCCUGAAGGAGAGCCUCACCUACGUGAACCUGGCAGGUUGUGUGAAGGUGACGGAGCAGAGCGUCCUGCUGCUCAGACUCUGCCCCGCCCUGCAGACCGCCGACCUCCGCUGCUGCUCCCUCCUGUCUGCGGAGACGGGGCAGCUGCUCUCCUUCCCCUCCUCCUCCUCCUCUUCAUCCUCCACCACCACCAUCUCCUCCUCCUCGUCUACGACCUCCUCUUCCUCAGCCGCCAUCACCACCACCACCACCGUCGCUGCUCCGUCCUCCUGUCCCCCCGACGACAGAACGCUGCUGAAAAACAGCUAAAGCCCCACAAUUUACGUGACACUUGAGUCCAGAUGGCCUACAAGCCCCGCCUCCGUCCUCGUUACACUACAGACAGGUGAGGAAGAGGAGGAGGAGCACUUCCUGUUGCAGAGGAGGAUGAGGAGACGUUUAACGGGAGAAGUUGUUGGUAAUAGUUAAACAUAGAAACCCUGAGCAUGUACAUAUUUGUUCUCUGUACAAUUUUGGGUGUGUGUAUAUAUCUGUAGUUUACUGUAAAUGACCUUUGACCUUCCUCCACCUGAUACACUCCUCCCCUUUGCUCCUCCCCUUCGACCAAUCACGAUGCCACGCAUCCGUCUGCUCGCUGCAGGAAGAUGCUUCGAUUCAGCUGCUGCCAUCUAAACGCUAACACACACACACACACACACACACACACACACACACGCUUCGUGUUGACUCAUCAAACACUGAGCUGCGGUCAGUUUGGUCAUGUGACCUCCGACUGCUGUGGUGAUGUCAUCACAAACAUCUGUUCUGUCUUUAAAUCUGAUUUAACUUCUAAUCAACCUCGUUUUAUUGAUUGUUUACAAUUUGUUUUGUCAAAUGACAAAAGUGUCAAGCUCCUCCCACAUGUUAGAGACGUCUUAAGCUCCUCCCACAUGUUAGAGACGUCUUAAGCUCCUCCCACAUGUUAGAGACGUCUUAAGCUCCUCCCACAUCUUAGAGAGACAUCUUCAGAUUAGUUCUGGUUCUUUUUUCAUAUCAGAGUAGAAGCUGGAAGCAGCCAGAACGAGCUGGUCUUCCAGGGUUCUGGUCCAGUUCUUGGUGGUUCUGACCCAGCUGGUGGGUUCUGGUCCGGUUCUUGGUGGUUCUGACCCAGCUGGUGGGUUCUGGUCCGGUUCUUGGUGGUUCUGACCCAGCUGGUGGGUUCUGGUCCAGUUCUUGGUGGUUCUGACCCAGCUGAGGACUUUAGUCCAACAGAUCAGCUGGUUUCAAUCAAAGUUAAAGUUGUGACGUGGAGCUGCUUCCUGUAGCUCCUGAUCAGUCAGUGAACAGGUGUGUGUGUGUGUGUGUGUGUGUGUGUGUGUGUGUGUGUGUGUGUGUGUGUGUGUGUGUUUUUCUCAGGAGUUUUUUGUUUUAAUUUAUUUGAGGUCUCAGAAGCACUCUGUCCAGUCUGAGCGGAGACGUUCCUGCUGCGUCCUC